GUGUCCUCUCCCCCCUCUCUGCCAGGCCAUAAGAUACGACUGUCCUCUGGCAGCUUCAGGAAGGACCACGCCUGGAUCAGCAUGUUUAACUCCAAAUCAAACUCUGUUUCUCCCUCUCCAUCAAUGGAUCAUACAGACACUGACAAUCUGGACAUUAGAACCAAGGUGCAGCUUCAGGGGGUGCUAUGGAAAAGACCCUUUGGGAGGCAGUCUGCUAAAUGGUCUAAGAGAUUCUUUAUAAUAAAGGACAGCUUUUUGCUUUACUAUUCUGAGAGUGAAAGGAAGAACUUUGAAAGCAACAGAUAUUUUAAUAUUCACCCCAAGGGAGUAAUACCACUUGGUGGCUGCCAGGUGGAAGAUAAGGAGGAACCUGGCAUGCCAUAUGCCAUUAGGAUCUCACAUGCAGAUUUCCAUGGAAACAUCCUGCUGGCUGCAGAGACUGAAAUUGAGCAAAGCCAGUGGCUGGAAAUGCUGCAUGAAUCUGGCAAAGUGACCUGGCAAAAUGCCCAGCUGGGAGAGGCAAUUAUUGGAAGUCUGGAAGCUCAGGGUCUGCAGCUAGCUAAGGAGAGACAGGAGUAUUUUGAUAAACUGAUGACAGAGACAGAGGAGCUGUGCUCACAGCGCGAGCAGAAAGAGGAGCUGGAGAGAAUAAAUCAGGUCUUGGAGACUGAAAAGAGCUAUUUUGAAGACCUUGUUCAAGAGCUCAGGAUGGUGCAAGACCAAAUCAAGCAUGAGCUUGAGCUGACAGUCCACUGUAUGAAGGGGGUGGGAGAAGAGAAACAAGAACUAUGCAGCCUCACGCAGCACCUACACAAGACAAUAGAGGAGCUGUCUGUAGAGAAGCAGAGGACCAUAGCCAAAUUGGAAGCCAGCCAGGAUCACCCCCAGUCUUCGGCCAGUUGCAAUGAUCAUCCUAGACAGGGUCUUCAUGGUAACCUGCAACAGAUUGAAAGCAAGAUGCAGGUGUUACUUGAGGAGAAGCUUCAGGCUGAAACCAGGAUGAAAGAAAAUCAAGAGCGAUUUCAAGUCCUGGAAGAAGAACGGACAUUCUAUAUCUCUGAGUCUCAGGCCCUGCAGACAUCUCUAGCUGAACUCAGUACUGAGAAGGAGCAAACAGAGAGAGAACUUAAGCUGCAGUUAAAGGUGAAGUUAGACCUGGAGCGAAGACUGCGCGAGGCCGAGGAAGCUCUGCGAAGACUGGAAGCCAGCCUGAAUGCCACUGUCUUAAACCAGGACAAGGAGGAAAAGAUGAGAGCAGAUGUCAGUCAUCUUAAAAAAUUUUUUGAAGAUUGUAUCAGAAAUGCUGAGAUUGAAGCAAUGAAGCCUGUAAUUAUGAAAAACUCAGUGUAUGUGCCCCGAGCUGCUACCAGGCGAAUCAAAAGUUGCCGGUUUCACCACCAACGACCCAGCUUCUCCCGAUUGAGGCACUCGCAUUCCUUCUUGAUGUCUCCGGAUGAGCUAAAUGACUUCCAGAGUCUGAAAGAAGCUGCCAAAAAUGUAACCAGGGAUAAACAUUUCCGAGAAACUCUCUAUCAGAUCAUCACACAGAAAGAACCUUUGCAAGGGCAUGAGAAGUAA